UUUAUUAUCAGUAUCAGUUGGUUGUUACAUCUGAACAUUCUGAACAGAUUUGACCUCUGUUUUUAUUCAACCUCAAAGUGGUUAAUUUAGUUGAGUAGUGAAUUAAAUUAUUCAGGAUGAAUCGUUGCUUAUUUAGUGCGAUAUCUAAAAAUUAUCAACGACUUAGUUCGAGACGGUUGAACUCCGUUGCUCAGGAGCCUUUCCUAAAUGGCUCAUCUUCAGUCUAUGUGGAAGAAAUGUUUAAAGCUUGGAAAGCUGACCCGGCUUCAGUUCAUCCUUCAUGGAAUAUAUUUUUCAAAAGUGUUGCCGCUGGAUUAAAACCUGGACAAGCAUAUGCUAGUCCAGCAUCAGCUUUCAACUCAGCUGCUUUAUCCAAUGCUUUAGGCUCAAUUAGCUCCCAAUCUGUUGCUCCUGUUGAUGCAACCUCAAUUGAUGACCAUCUUUCUGUUCAAGCGAUUAUUCGAUCGUACCAAGUUAGAGGCCACUUAGCGGCUCAACUAGAUCCUUUAGAUAUCACUUCUGCCAAUAUCUAUUUACAACAAUCAGAAGGUGCUCCAAGUUCACCGGAAACCGUUUUAAGACAUCACAGAUUAGAUGAACGGGACAUGGAUCGUGAAUUUAAAUUACCAAAAAAUACUUAUAUUGGUGGUGAAGAUCAAGUUUUGACUCUUCGAGAAAUUUUAAGACGAUUAGAAAAUGUUUAUUGUAAACAUAUUGGUGUUGAAUAUAUGUUCAUCAAUAAUUUAGAACAGUGUAACUGGCUUAGGAGUAAAUUUGAAACUCCUAACAUCAUGGAUCUGAAUCGCGAACAGAAAAGACUUCUGUUAGCUAGAUUAACUCGAUCUACCAAAUUUGAAGAAUUUCUUGCGAAAAAAUGGGUAUCUGAGAAACGAUUUGGUCUUGAAGGUAUCGAAGUUCUUAUUCCAGCCAUGAAGACUAUUAUUGAUAAAUCUAGUGAACUCGGUGUGGAAAGUUUUAUCAUGGGAAUGCCCCACCGAGGCCGAUUGAAUGUCUUGGCUAAUGUUUGUAGAAAGCCAUUGGAGCAAAUCUUCGCCCAAUUCAGUGCUCUGGAACCUGAUGAUGAGGGCUCAGGUGAUGUUAAAUAUCAUCUUGGUAUGUGUCAUGAACGAUUAAAUCGUAUGACAAACAAAAUGAUCAAAUUAGCAGUCGUUGCUAAUCCUUCUCAUCUAGAGGCUUGUGAUCCAAUUGUUCAAGGCAAAGUUAGAGCUGAACAGUUUUAUCGCGCUGAUAGUCAAGGGAAAAAGGUUAUGUCCAUAUUGUUACACGGAGAUGCUGCUUUCGCUGGCCAAGGUGUUGUUUAUGAAACUUUCCAUCUUUCUGAUCUUCCUGAUUACUCAACUCAUGGUACCAUUCAUAUUGUUGUCAAUAAUCAAAUUGGUUUUACCACUGACCCUCGUGUUGCCCGAUCUUCGCCUUAUUGUACCGAUGUUGCUCGUGUUGUCAAUGCUCCAAUUUUCCACGUAAACGCUGAUGAUCCUGAAGCCGUUGUUCAUGUCUGUAAUGUUGCUGCUGAAUGGAGAGACAAAUUUGGUAAAGAUGUUGUCAUUGAUAUUGUUGGUUACAGAAGAAAUGGUCACAAUGAAGUUGAUGAGCCAAUGUUUACCCAACCAUUGAUGUACACUCGAAUCAGGAAACAGGUUCCUGUGGUUGAUCUUUACAGUAAAAAGCUUGUUGAUGAAGGAGUUUGCUCAUCCGAUGAAAUUGAAGAAGUUAAAAACAAGUAUGAAAAAAUCUUGCAGGAAUCCUUCAAAAAUUGUGAUACAAUGAGUAAAAUUCACAAUAAAGAUUGGCUUGAUUCCCCUUGGCACGGUUUCUUUGGAACCCGUCACCCUUAUAAAUCUGAUCCAACCGGUGUUUCUGAAGAAGUAUUGAAUCACAUUGGUACAGUUUUUGGUUCUGAGCCUCCUGGUAACUUUAAAAUUCAUCCCGGUCUCAAAAGAGUUUUAAAGUCACGACUUGAGAUGGUGCAAAAGCGUGAAGCUGACUGGGCCUUGGCUGAGGCAAUGGCUUUUGGUUCUCUUCUUAAAGAAGGAAUCCAUGUUCGUCUCAGUGGUCAGGAUGUAGAAAGAGGUACUUUCUCUCAUCGUCACCACGUCCUUCAUCACCAAACUGUUGACAAGACAACCUAUCGACCACUUUGUCAUCUUUAUUCAGACCAAGCGCCUUAUACGGUCUGUAACAGUUCUCUUUCUGAGUAUGGUGUUCUUGGCUUUGAAAUUGGGUUUUCAAUGACCAAUCCAAAUGCUUUGGUUAUUUGGGAAGCUCAAUUCGGAGACUUCAACAAUACAGCUCAAUGUGUUAUUGAUCAGUUCAUUAGUAGUGGACAAGCCAAAUGGGUUCGACAAAGUGGAAUUGUUUUGCUUUUACCUCAUGGUAUGGAAGGUAUGGGUCCUGAACAUUCAUCUGCUCGCCCUGAAAGAUUCUUACAAUUAUGUAACUCUGACGCUAACGAAUAUCCUCAUGAUGAUUAUAUUAACGAUGUUGACUUUGUCAACCGUCAACUUCACGAUUUAAACAUGAUUGUAGUCAAUUGCAGUACCCCAGCUAACAUUUUCCACGCUUUAAGACGACAGAUUUCUCUUCCCUUCCGUAAACCGCUCAUUGUCUUCUCACCUAAAUCGCUUUUAAGACACCCAGAUGCUCGAUCCAGUUUCGAUGAGAUGGUCGAAGGAACUGAGUUCCGCCGAAUCAUACCCGACAGUGGACCCGUUUCUGAAAACCCCGAUUCAGCCAAAGCACUUGUUUUCUGUACUGGCAAAGUUUAUUAUGAAUUAAUGAAAGAACGAACCUCUCGUGGGCUAGAUAAAGAUGUUGCUAUUACUCGAGUUGAACAAUUGUGUCCUUUCCCUUGGGAUUUGAUGAGUGAAGAGAUCAGUAAAUAUCCCAAUGCUCGAAUUAUUUGGUCACAAGAAGAACAUAAAAACCAAGGUUUCUGGCCUCAUAUGGAACCUCAUAUUCACACGGUUCUUAAACACCUCGGACAACAAAAUAGAGAAUUAAGAUACGCUGGGCGUCCUGUUUCAGCUACAACAGCUACUGGAAGUAAAUUUAUUCAUAAAAAGGAAUGGUUAAAUCAUAUGGAGCAAACAUUUUCAGGCUAUUAGUUAUUAAUUCAUCGUUAUUUAAUUAAAUUGAUUGAUAAAGUUGGGCUAAACGACCGUUCCAAGAAAACUGCAAAACUAAUCCUGUGAUAAAAGAUUAUCUUAUCAGUUACCCAUUCAUGAUUUCUCAAUUUAUGGAGCAAUUUAAACCACCAAGAACAAGGAGGAUAAGACAUAAAUCAAAAUGGAAUAUUUGUUUUUGUUUUUCUUAUUUAGCGCAGUUUAUUUCAUUUAUAGUGUUAUAAUUAAUUCACUCAAUCCUUUUACGAGGACGAUUGUUUCUUUUGAAAAAAAUAGGAAAUUGUUUUUAGAUCUAAAUUGUUGAUUCAUCACCUCAAUCGUUCAUUUUUGUUGUAGUCUAAAUAAUCGAGUAGGUUAAUAGCAUCAACAAAAGGAACGUUAAUUGUUUUAAUUUACUGAAAAUCUGAUUCGCAUCUCAACUAAAAUCUCAUUUAAUUAACAUUCUCAAUUCUUCCCAUCCGCCACAAGCUAUCUCAAUUGUUCACCGAAAAAUAAGAAACCAAAAAGUUGAAAAUCAAUAUUUAUAUUUAUUCUAGAUAAUUUAUCAUGUCAAUUAAAAACCAGAAUAUUAUGAGCCUUUGA